UGUGGUCCUAGGGAAGUCCCUUCCCCUCUCUGGGCCUUGAUUUACUCCUCUGUAAUGAGGCUUUAUUAAGAUCUCCAAGGUUGAAUAACAUAACAAGAUGACGGUGGUGAUUUGAUGGGACAGUAUAGGGGAGUCAGAGCUCUGGGUUUGAGUCUCAACUCAAAGUAGGCAGUUACGUGGUCUUGGGUGAGUCUGUGAGCCUCAGUGUCUGCAUCUGUAAAAUGGGGUUAAGCAUAUUUACCAUCCAUGGUUGUGGGGAAGAUUCAUUGAGAUGACGCACGUGAAAAACACUUUAUAAACUGCCACAGUCUGUACAAAGAUUAAUUGUGGUGAUAUUAGGCUCUCUUUCCCACCCUCACCAUCCCCAAUCUCCAAUUCCAGUCAGCAGCACAGUGUCAGGGGGUACAGGCAGCCAGAGCAGAUUGCCAGGAGAUGCAGCUUGGCCCUUUAUCAUGCCCAUCGCAAUUGCUGCCAGGAGGCUGAGUGGAGCAGAGGGGCGGAGAGAGGGGCAUAGGCUCAUCUGUGGUUGCUAUGGCACCCCAUCCCGGAUUUGCCCAUCUCUCCUAAUGGAGCAAAGGGCAGAGGGAGGGGGAGAGGUAGAGAGAACAACUGUUCCCUUCCUCUAUCCUCCCAUCUCUCUCUCUCUGGAGCAGAUGUGAGGUGGGGAGUCAGGGGAGGGGGCCUAGAUACUGGAUAAGAGGGGGAGGGAAGAGUGGUGUGCCAGGAUUUAGAGGGUUUGUGAUAGGGGGCCACACUGAGAGAGAAGGGGGAAGAGCCCUCAUGCCUACGUCCAGAAGCCAGCUGAUGACGUUAUAGAGAAGAAAAAACAAGCAAGACAGCGCCAGCGUGAGGGAGAGAGGAAGAGAGAAAGCGAGGAUAGGAGGCGUGGAGGCAGGCAGCCCCAGAUUGCAGCCAGCCUCUGCCUGGGCUCUCCUGCCGCCAGAUCCCCCAGGCAGCCUGGACCCCAGGGUCCCUGACAGCUGCCCCGAGGAUGGGCACCAGGACAGUGGUCGUGCUGCCUCCUCUGUGGGGACUGCUGGGCUGCUGUUUCCUCUGCGGCUGGGCUCUAGGGGGUCCACGGCCCCUCCGCUCUCUGCCCCCGCUGUCCUCCCACAUCAAGCCAGGAUCUGUACCCAUGUGGGUCCCCCCGGAGGGGCCUGAGGCAGCCCUGGCUUUUCUCUACUCUGGAGAUGCCCAACAGCUGUCAGGGGCUAAUUGCAGUGAGCGCUAUGAAGCCCAUGGGGCAGAAGCCAGACCAGGGCUCCCCCCAAUCCUGUGGAGGGCAGCAGGCACCCUUGCCCAGGCCGCCAAUUUCCUCAACAUGCUGCUACAAGCCAACGACAUCCGUGAGUCCAGUGUGGAGGAGGAUGUGGAGUGGUACCAGGCACUGGUCCGCAGCGUGGCUGAGGGGGACCCAAGGGCGUACCGGGCUUUGCUGACCUUUAACCCUCCACCAGAGGCCAGCCACCUGCAGCUGGCCUUGCAGGCAACCCGGAUGGGGGAGGAGACCAUCCUUCAGGACUUGUCUGGGAACAGGGUGCAGGAGGAGAGCCCAACUGGGGCCCUGGACACCCCUGCCCUGCAGAAGCGGGUGCUGACCAACGACCUACAGAGCCUCGGCAGCCCCAAGUGGCCACGGGGAGAUGGAUAUGUGGGGGACAUACAGCACGUGAGGCUGUCUCCUCCCUUCCUGGAAUGCCAGGAGGGCCGGCUCCGUCCCGGCUGGCUUAUCACACUUUCGGCCACCUUCUACGGACUCAAGCCAGACCUCAGCCCCGAGGUCAGGGGGCAGGUGCAGAUGGAUGUAGAUCUUCAGAGCGUGGACAUCAAUCAGUGUGCCGGCGGCCCAGGCUGGUACGGUAACACGCACCUAUGUGAUCUCAACAGCACCCAGUGUGUCCCCCUAGAGAGACAGGGCUUUGUCCUUGGCCGCUACCUCUGCCGCUGCCGACCUGGCUUCUACGGGGAGAGCCGCCCCAGAGGGUUAGAGGAGAGUGCCGCCCAGCCUUCCGGGCAGUUUGGGUCCCCACAAGGCAGCUCCAGGAGGCUGCUGCGGUGCCAGCCAUGUGCUGAGGGCUGCACUAGCUGCAUCGAUGCCACACCGUGCCUGGUGGAUGAGGCCCUGGCGCUGCGGGCAGCAGUGCUGGCCUGCCAGGCCUGCUGCAUGCUGGCCAUCUUCCUGAGCAUGCUGGUUUCCUACCGCUGCCGCCGGAGCAAGAGGAUCCGGGCAUCUGGAGUUGUCCUGCUGGAAACCAUCCUUUUUGGAUCCCUGCUGCUGUACUUCCCUGUCUUCAUCCUGUACUUCAAGCCCAGUAUAUUCCGCUGCAUCGCUCUCCGCUGGGUCCGGCUGCUGGGUUUUGCCAUUGUCUACGGCACCGUUAUACUCAAGCUUUAUAGAGUGCUCCAGCUCUUUCUGUCUCGAACGGCCCAGCGGGGCCCCCAUCUGAGCAGCGGGCGGCUGCUGCGGCGUCUGGGGCUGCUCCUGCUGCUAGUGCUGGGCUUCCUGGCUGUGUGGACGGCGGGGGUCCUGGAAAGAGGCAUCCAGCAUACAUCCCUGGUGACCCGAGGCCACACUCCCACAGGCCGCCACUUCUACCUCUGCCACCACGACCGCUGGGACUACAUCAUGGUUGUGGCUGAGAUGCUGCUCCUGUGCUGGGGCAGCUUCCUCUGCUACGCCACCCGGGCUGUCCCCUCCGCCUUCCACGAGCCACGCUACAUGGGCAUCGCCCUGCACAACGAGCUGCUGCUCUCCGCUGCCUUCCAUGCUGCCAGGUUUGUGCUGGUUCCCUCCCUGCACCCAGACUGGACCCUCCUCCUCUUCUUCUUCCACACCCACAGCACAGUCACCGCCACACUGGCUCUGAUCUUCAUCCCUAAGUUCUGGAAGUCGGGGGCUCCUCCCCGAGAGGAGAUCGUGGACGAGGUUUAUGAGGAUGAGCUGGGCCUGCAGCGCUCGGCCUCCUACCUUGGCAGCAGCAUCGCGUCAGCCUGGAGCGAUCGCAGCCUGGACCCCGGAGAUAUUCGGGACGAGUUGAAGAAGCUCUAUGCCCAGCUAGAGGUCCACAAGACCAAGGAAAUGGCUGCUAACAACCCCCACCUGCCCAAGAAGCGGAGCAGCUGGCGCCAGGGCCUGGGCCGCUCCUUCAUGAGGUGCCUGGCCGAGUUCCCCGAGGCCCUGACCAGGCAGCACUCCCGGGACUCGGGCUCCCCGGGCCACAGCAGCCUGCCCGGCUCUUCCCGCCGCCGGCUUCUCCGCGCCAGCCUCCAGGAACCUGAGGGGCCACCGGCCCUGAGCAAGUCCUGCAGCACCUAUGACCACGACCAUCGCAGGGAGCAGGACCCGCCUCUCCUCGACUCACUGCUGAGGAGGAAGUUAGCCAAGAAGGCCUCUCAGGCUGAGAGCCCGGAGCCAGAGGAAGGGCCCCCUGCCCUGGGCUUCAGGUCAGCCAGCGCCCACAACCUGACAGUGGGAGAGAAGCUCCCCAGAGCCCGGCCCGCCUCCCUGCAGAAGUCGCUCAGUGUCGUGGCUGGCUCCAGGGAAAAGGCCUUGCUCGUGGCCAGCCAGGCCUACUUGGAGGAGACCUAUCGGCAGGCGAAGGAGCGAGAGGAGAGAAAGAAGGCAGAGGCAGCCUUGGUGAGCCCAGGGCGGAGGCCGUCCAGGAGGCUGGAGCGAGCUCGAGGCCCCCUGUCAGCCCCACCUUCCCCUGCCAAGAGCAGCAGCAUGGACAGCUCCCACGCCUCUGGGAAGCUUCAGGAGGAGGCUGUGAGAAGACUGCCUCACCCACCUAUUCGGCACCAGGUCUCCACACCCGUCAUGGCCCUGUCUGGGGCCUGCCUGGGGGAGCCAAGGAUGCUGUCUCCCACCUCCACCUUGGUUCCAGCUCUGAUGCCUGCUCCAGCCCCAGUUUCGGCCCCUGCCCUGGCACCAGUCCCAGGACCCCCCCAAAGCCCUAACUUACUCACCUUUAUCUGUCCCUGGGAGAAUGCAGAACUGCCAGUCAAGAAAGAAAAUGUGGCUCAAGCAGGCCCCUCAGGGCCAGAGCAAAGCAGCCACUCCCCGGCCCCAGCUCGGGCCAGGCUCUGGCGGGCCCUCUCUGUUGCAGUAGAGAGAAGGGGGUCUGGGGAGAAUGGGAAGGACACAGAGGAUGGCCAUCUCCAGGGGGAAGCUGAUGAUGGGGAUGAGAACAAGCCCAAGAUCCUCCCUAAAUCCCACAGCCUCAAGACCCCUGUUCAGCAGGGCUCCAUGCGCAGCCUGGGACUGGCUAUCAAAGCUCUGACCCGUUCUCGGAGUACCUACCGAGAGAAGGAGAGUGGGGCAGGGAGUCCUGAGAAGGAGGAGAAGCGCAGAGCUUCAGGAGAGGGGGUGGGGGCAUGCCCCAGAUCUCCCAGGUUAGGCCGGCCCAAGGCAGUGAGUAAGCAGGCGGCCCUCACCCCUUGUGACGAUGAGGAGUCCCUCCAGAACCAACAGAAUGCUCACACCAGCAGAAUGCUCCAAGUCUGUCACCAGGAGGGCAGCAGGGAACAAGACAACAGAGGCAGGAGGACAUCCCAGAGCCUAGAAGAGGGGAAAGUUGAGAAAGCAGGUUUGACAGGGCCUACCACACUGAGGCCAGUCAGGCAGGGCACAGCUGGGGACAAAAAUGCUGAGCGAGCAAAAGGAGCCCCUGUGGGGUGGCAGGAACUGCCUCAAGCUGGCCUUCAGUCCCUGGGCAGUGCUGACUGCAAGGUGGCAGAGGUAUGCCCCUGGGAAGUCACCGAGGCAGCAGCAUGUCAGCCUGACAGUAGCAGCAAGGCUGAAAUCUGCCCCUGGGAGGUGACUGAAGGAGCCCCUGAGAAGGGGGCAUUGAGACAAGAUCUAGAUGAUUCUCAAGAGGAGAGGGGAAAAGCCUCAGAAAAGUCAGAGUCCAAAGAUGUGGUCGCCAUUGCUCGGAAAAAGCCAGAGAGGCUGGUCAGGGGGCAGGAAGCUGUGUGUCCCUGGGAGAGUGCCGAUCCUGGGGGUCUGUCCCCUCGGUCAGCACCUCAGGACUCGGACAGAACCAAGGGCAGGUCUGAGACGUCGGGCAGUGCGGAGGCUAGAGAGGUGGAGAAGAGACGGCGGGAAGCCACUGGCCCAGAAGCUUGUAUACCCAACAAGGCCAAGGCAGAGCUGUGUCCCUGGGAGGCAAGUGGAGGAGGAGAGAAUGGGAAACCGUCCCAGGAGGGAGUGAAGCAGCUCCCCCAGGAAAAGCAGAAAUCUCCCAAGAAAGCAACCUUCUGGAAAGAACAGAACCUGGGUGGAGACAUGGAGUCUCUUUGUCCAUGGGAGAGGACAGAUUUCCGAGGUCCCACAGCAGUCUCCACUCAGGCCCCAGGAACCCCCCAGUGCUCAGGGGGUUUGGGCAGCAGCAUCGUGGAGGUGUGUCCAUGGGAGGCAGGAGACGCUCCUGCUGUCAGGAGAGCGGAGCUGUGUCCCUGGGAGCUGGGUGACGAGGUAACAGAGAAGGAAAUGCUGAGUCAGGGGACAGGUAGAGAAUCUCUCCAGGAAAAGGGGAAAACCUCCAGAAAAGGGAGCUCUGGAGAGACAGGGGCACAAACUGGGAGAGCAGAGCAGAAGUUUAGUCAACAGGAGGAACUGGUGUGUCCCUGGGAGAGCACGGCCCCUGGGCACUCCAGCCCAUGUCUAGACAAUUCCUCAUCCAGAGCUGGUGGCCAACUCCUCAGCAAUGGAGGAAAGAGGCCCAUGCAGGACAGUCCACAGGAAGACUAUAGGCCAGAAAUAAAGGAAGUAACACCUGCCAAGGCAGAAAUCUGUCCCUGGGAGGUGAAUGAAAGAACAACAGAGGACUGGACAUCAGGACAGGCACGAAAAGGAGGAGACUCUCAAAAGGACAAGGAGAAAAUGCCUGGAACAUCAGGAAUCAAAGAUGUCACAGCUUGGGAAAAGCCUGAGGGACAGAACAAGAAGCAGGAAGCAGUCUGUCCUUGGGAGAGUGUGGACCCUGGCAGCUCCUCCCCACAACCAGGUCCUCAAGACACAUUUAGACCCAAAGCCAGUUUCCAGAUGUCAGGUGGUGUGGGAAGCAAGACUGCUGGGAUCCGUCCGUGGGACGCAGAGGGAACUCUGCCUGCCGACAGGGCCGGGCUCCGGCCCUGGGAGGGGAGUGCUGGAGCAGCGCAGGAGAGGGCUUUGGCCGUUGAGGCCAUUAGGGAAUUGCCAAUCAAUACAAGAAAGGCUUCUGCAGAUUCUGGACCCGGCAAGAUAGCUGUUACUGCUCCAAAGAAGCCAGAGAGGCCAGCCCAGGAGCGGAAGGUAGCCUUGGAUCCAGGGGGCUCCUCUCAGCAUUCAGACACCCUGGACACUGACAGACCAAAAGCUGGAUUCCAGGAACUGGACUGUGUGGGGUGCAGGCCAGUUGAGGUAUGUCCCUGGGAAGUGGAGGAAGCGCCUACCAGUGAAAAAGCCAAGAUUUGUCCCUGGGAGGUCAAUGAAGGAGCUACUGGGAAGGGACUGGAGCAAGAGUUGGGGAGUGAUUCAGCAAGUCAGAGGGAGGAAACUCUAGAAAAGGGGAGACUCACCUCUCUAGAAGAAAACAUAUCAAAAUGGGAGACAAAACUGAAUCAAGAGCAGGAAGCCAUUUGCCCUCAGGAGAAGGACUUGAGGGAACCCUCUGCUCAGGCUUCGGAGGUCUCAGACUUGUCCAUCAGCAUGAGUAGCAAAGUGGCAGAGGGGCAUUCUUUGGAAGUGAGUGAGGAGGCAGCAGAGAAAGGGGACCUGACACAAGACCCAAAGACAGGCUCCCUCCCAGAACACAUAACCCAAGAAAAAGCUCCAUCUUCGAAAGGAGAAGAAUUCACUACUGAAGAUGGGGAAAAAGCAAGCAAUGAGCUAAAACCUAUCUGUUCACACGAGAGCAUGGCCCCAGCAGGUUCUUCCUUCCACGCAGACAGUCAGUGCCUUGACCAAUCUAAAGCUGGCUCUCGGGCGCCGGUCAGCAUUGGGGGCAGGCUCACUGAGGGGUGCCCAUGGAAUGCUCCUGCCCUGGAUGCUCAUGCACCUGACAGCAGUGCCAAAGCUGAGAUCUGUCCCUGGGAGGUGACUGAAAGAAUCCCUGAGGAAGAGGUGUCAAGACUGGAUGGAAAAGGGGAAGCUCAAGAGAAGGAGGGGAAAGCCCCAGAAGAAACAGAGCCUGAAGUUGCAGCAGUUCAGGAAAGGCCAGAGAGGGCAGAUGGGAAGCAGGAGGCUGUGUGUCCCCAGGAGAGUCAGGAUUGUGGAGGUCUGUCUCCACAACCAGCCCCACCAGCUCCUGACAGAGGCAAAGGCAGUUGUGAGGCAGCAGGCAGUGUGGCGGCAAGGGUAGCAGAAGUGUGUCCGUGGGAAGGGGAAGAGGCGCCCUCUGCCAAGAAAGCAGAAAUCUGCCCUUGGGAGGUGAGUGGAGGAGCAGCAGAGAAAUGGGGACUGGAACAAGAGGUGGACAGAGAAUCCCAAAGGCAAGGAGAGAUGUUCCUUCAAAAGGCAGGAUCUGGAGGGACUGAAGAACUCUAUUCAAAAGAAGCAGCCAAAGUCAGCAGAGAGCAAGAGACAGUCUGCCCCUGGGAAGGCACAGGUUCUGGGGGGCUCCUCCCCCAGCCAGAUGCUCUGGACACUGACCAACUUGCAGUCAGUCUCCAUGGAGCAAGCAGUAUGGGGAGCAGGAUGGCAGAGCUGUGUCAAUGGGAGGUCACAGAUCCAGAAGGAAAUAUAAUAAAGGGCACCAUGGCAGACAUCUGUCCUUGGGAGGAAACUAGAGCCCCAUCUGAGGAAUCUGGCCUCCUGGCUUUAACUGCAACUCAGACAGAAAUAUUUUUCCCCACAGUCCCUGAGAAACCACCACACCUUUUAGUCCACAGACCUCUGGGUAGCUUCCUUCCAGAGAGCAAAAGCCCCCGCCCCAAGGUGAGCAAGCCAGCCGGUACUAUUACUCUGGAAGGUGUCAGGGAACUCCAAGGACCUUCAGGACUUGGGCCAAGGACCAGCUUAGCCCCAGAGCCAAGUCUCCAAGAAGCUGAGGAUCAGAAGUCUUCCUUCUUAACUGAAGACCAAGGAGAAGUAGCUUCUAAAGCUCAACAUGAAGAAUUUGCCCCUCCAACUGUCUAUCCUUGGGACUGGGAGUGACAACUCCAUCAGGUGAGGUGGCUAGUUUUCAGGAACCAUGGUCUCUUCCAAGUCCGAGGUGUUCUCAAAGAGCUGAAUCAAAGACACUUGGCCACAUCCCCUCUCCAAGAAGGCCAGAAGUCAAUUCAUUCCAAAGACAAAUUAUACAAGAAGGGUGCAGCUCAGACCCCAAAAGCAAGUCCCACCCUCUCUUUACUUCCAACUCUUCUUCCUUUUCCAGGGAACAAAGGCCAGAUGCUCUGUUCCUAACGAAGCCUCCCAUCGAGUUAGAGUCCUCAACACAAGCCAUCUGUAUCUGACACUCACUUGUAAAGCCAAAGUUAGGGAUGACAGGACGUCAGCAGUGCCCAGACCACAUUUUCUCAUAGGGAGACCCAAGUCUUCUCUGAAGGCUACAAAGGACCAUUUUUUUUAGAAGAAACUAAGCCACACAAGGCAUUGGUUAACAUGGAGACUGAGGAUCAGAGAAGGCUAUUAAGGUCACCAUAGGAUGCUUAAGAAGCCACUUAAUUCAAGUUCAAAGAUAUUUGGUGGGGAAAAUGGCUCAAAAGAGGUGCUGAAAUGCUUUGCAGCCCUUGUCAUUUUGACUUUGGAUCUCCAAUUUCCGCUUUACUGAUUCUCAUACCUGCCCUGCCUGACCCCUGAAGUAAAGCCCAUCAAGCAAUCCUACCUCCAUAUCAACACCUGCCAUUCAAAGCAGCAUCCGAGACAGAGAGCGUGGGAGGAAAGGCAAUCGCUCCACGCAAUGGCCAGGGUGGAGUUCUCCCUUCCAGAACCAACCCCCCAAGUCCCAGUUUAAGGAGUAUGCGCCUCGCCAGCUUUCUCAGAUGGUCUCCCCUUCUUCCUGCCCUGUCUUUUGCCAAUCUCGAGAGUUCAUCUCACCGGCUCAUUCUCCUCAUCUUAGCCUUUCUGUGCUGUCAUUAAAGGGACCCCACUCUGUUGUCAAUGCAGCUGGAGCCAGGGGGAAUCUCUGAUUCUGAUGUGAGAACCACUCCAAAUCACUUGCUCAGUAACAAGAGGCCCACAUCAGUCUCCUUCCUGAGAAUCCUGAGAAAGAAACGAGGUCCAGUUUACAGCCAGCACCGUAACUGCCCCGAAAAAGAGUAGUGCUCCAGGGCAGGUUAGAGGCCUGAGGGCCAGAGAAAGGGCAUCGUGUACCUACAAAGCCUUCUUUCUUAGCUCUCUCUCCUUAGCUUGGUUCUGUUCUCUCAAGCGGUUCAGGCUACCCUUGCUUGAGUGGUCCUAGAUAAGAGCACUGGAAUCAGAUGAUACUACCAGAGCGAAAGGAGGGAGGAGAAAAAUACUGGUCAAAGAAGUCCCAAGAUUGGCAGGGGUGAGGUGAAGGUGGAAACAGGCAGAUAAAAUGUGGCAGAGGCGGGCAGGGGCCCUGAAGAUGGCAGUAAGCCCAUCCUCUAACUGGACAGAUACCGAUGCCAUUCACGUGGAGGAAAAAGACAAAAAUAAGAGACCAAACACCCAAUGGGAAAAAAAUGAGUCUGCAUGUAAAUACUCUGGGCAGCUACAGGACUUCAGAGAAAAACUAGCAAAGUGCUCCAUUUCCAAAAAGGCGAAGAAAUGGAGUAACCUGCUCUUUCAGGGACUGGAUAUCCUUGUUCCCAUAUCUAGGCCCUCCCACUUACCUAGGUCCCCUGCCCUGGGCUUUCAGAGCAGUAACUUGAGUAUGUUGUUGCUCUGGGCAUUGGCUAGUAAACCCCACAGCUUCUGAGCCAAUGCAAAUUUUGCUAACCACACCUCAGAAUAAUUCCAUUGGGUCUGGUC